AUGUGUUACGAGCGAGCAGUGGCUCCCGUGUAUGUCCACGGUGAGGACAUUGUGCCGGAGCAGAGGCUUUCGGUUGCCGUUGCGGCAGCCACUGCUGCCACGCCCACAGUCAACCGCCCGGCCCGAGCUUCAGUGUCGCUCCACCGUCGACGACGCCAGACCCGGGAACGAUGA